AGAUGUAUAUAAGAGACAUGGGGGAAUAACACCUCCUCAAAGGGCUGUUCUGAGUAUUGGAUGAGAUCCUUACUGACCGCUCUCCGGAAACACGUCGGGUGCCAGCUAUGUGCUGGGAACUGUGGGAGGAGCUGGGCUACCCAGAUCAGGUUCUUUGUUCGUUCUCUGGAGUACCUCCCAGUGGAAGUGAGGGGGGAGCAGUGGAAUUCAAGGUUCUAGGCCAGUGACAGAUGCUAGGGGUUCCAGAAAUGACAUUCUCUUGUCCCCCACUUUCUGGCAAAGGAGAGCUGUGCCAAUGUGACUGUGUCUGUGUUGCCCAUGACUGUGGCUACCGGCCCUGUUCCUGCCACCACCUGGGACGUGAAGCUCACAAUACGUGAAUGGGCCAGGGUGGCUGAGGGAUGUGUAGCUCUCUUCCCCAGUGCUCGAAGGGAUGGAAGCAGAGGUGCCCAGGUCGCUGCUAAUGUCCAUCCGUUCCUGAAGCUGGCUUGGCCCUUUUCUCCUUUGCUGGCUCCCAAGCCCAGGGAGGCUCCAAGGAGAGGAUCGUGGCAUAGCCAAGGUCUUAGAGGACCUCUGGUUUCGGGGCAAUCGACAUACUUUUAAGCCGCCACAACCAUCCUGUGGGAGACUCCUGGCUAUUGUUCUGGAAAGAGUCCCCUGGGUCCUGGGUUUUUGUUGGAUCUGAGGACACAGAGAGGAGGGCCUGGCUUGGCUCUAAGCUAGCAGAGUACAGAUCCGGCCCCGGCCCCGUGAGCACAGGUGUGGUACAGAGACCCCAGCUGCAGUAACGUAGACACGCGAGAUGUGCCUCAGGUGAUGUGGUCCUGAGGGUCUGCAUAGAUGUGGCCCUGGGGUCCAGGGCAGCACGAGUUAAAGUGGAGGACGACUGUGUGGAAGAGUCUUUCAUUUCCUUUGACAUGUGACAUGUUCCUUGUCAUGGGUCACCUAACAUCCUGGACCCAGUUAGAUUCUAAUAGAAGGGAAUCCAUAAAAAUUUCAUGAGCUCCAAGUGAGAGGGAAUUUCUUACGACCACUCCCUCUGCCUCACCCCUUCUCCCUUAUACAUACAUGCAGCAGUGUAACCACUGACAGCCAGGGUAGGGUGCUGGAGAAGCUGGGCAUAGAGAGAACCUUGUCAAGACAGGCCAUGGAUGGCCUCUGUCUGCAGUCUUUAUCCUGGGAACCGGUAUUCAUACAGGCCAGACUCCGCAAAGCCUGGGCCACCCAUCAGACACUCUGAAUAGCCCCCGAGAGGGUGGGGAGGAUGGGCAGACAUUUCUUUUUGAACCUUCCCAUCUGUAGGUCUGUGGGAGGGGCUGGGAGGUGCAGAGCUAACCAGGUCUCAGGAACAGAACAAAGGGGCGUCUGCUCACAGACCUUUCUAACUUGACAGAAGGCCGGUAGAGACGUGUGGUCCUGCAAAGUCCUGCUCAGGCAGGUGUCGGGGACCAGGAGGCAGAUUUGAUGUUUUCUCUCUCAGACGAUUUUCCUUUUUGUCUGAAUGCUAGACUUUUGGGUUAUUAGGACUAUUAUACCCCAACUCUAAGAAUUGUCUGUUCUUAGCUGUGUAAUGUGGGCAAGAGCCUCACCUUCCUGUGCCUCAGUUUCUCUUCCUAUAAACUGAAAAUCACAGUAUCUCCCAAGGCUAUUGUGAGGAUUUAAUGAGUUAAAACAUGUAAAGUGCUUACAUGGGUUCCUGACAUAUUUUAGCAUGCUGCGGCUUCAUCUACUAUCCCCCACCCCUGCCCCACACACAGACACAUAGUCACACACACAGGUUAAUUCACAUCUCAUCUCAUUGAACACUAAAAGACACAUCAGCAGGGCCUAUGGUGGUUCCAUGUGUGCGAAGUGUGUAUGACAGGAUCAAGCAGGCUCUCCUUACUGAAGAGCAGAAAAUCUGAAGGUGUUGAAGGUCCAAGCACAGAGUCAGAAAGCUAAAUUUAAAAAAAAGGAAGCUUUUUUGGGUGAUAAAAGAAAUCAAAAGGCAAAAAAGAAUUUCAUCUCAUCUGAAUUCCACUAGGAUUUUUGGGGGGAGGGAGAGAAAGACACAGUUUGCCGGCUGAUAGCGUGGAAACCGCAGUCCUAAGACACCCACAGAGCAUGAUGCGAUCGUGACUAUGUCAUAGGUCCUGUGUGCGUGGUGGGAACAAUGCCGAGGCCCGCCUGGUAGUAGCCUGUUAACUUCGGGUUUCUUGUUUUUCUCGAGGCAUUGAGAUGAAAUUUAAGAAUAAGCUGUUUCCUAAGAUGGUCUGCCCAGCCUGGAUCCCUGAGCUGAAUUCAGUGGAGCAUGGACCUGAAGGUAUCUCCUUCGGAGCCUCGUGUCCCUUGAGCUUUGUGGAAAAGACGCUGCUCGAUGCAGUCGCCAACCUUCCUGCCUACCAAACAGAGGUGUUCAAAGGUGUUUUGGAGCAGCUGCGCUGGUUUGCUGGGAAGCAGGUCAAGUCUGUGGCGUCCAUCGGAGGGAACAUCAUCACCGCCAGCCCCAUCUCUGACCUCAACCCUGUGUUCAUGGCCAGUGGGGCCAAGCUGACCAUCGUGUCCACAGGCACCAGGAGAACGGUUCGGAUGGAUCACACCUUCUUCCCCGCGUACAGAAAGACCCUGCUAGCUCCGGAGGAGAUACUGCUUUCCAUCGAGAUCCCCUACAGCAGGGAGGGUGAGUAUUUCUCAGCCUUCAAGCAGGCCUCUCGGAGAGAAGAUGACAUCGCCAAGGUGACCAGCGGCAUGAGGGUCCUGUUCAACCCGGGAACCGCGCAGGUGAAGGAGCUGGCCCUUUGCUACGGCGGAAUGCACGACAGAACCGUCUCAGCCCUCAAGACCACGCGGAAGCAGAUAUCAAAUUUCUGGAACGAGGAGCUGCUGCAGAACGUGUGUGCGGGCCUGGCGGAGGAGUUGUCCCUGGCCCCCGAUGCCCCUGGCGGCAUGGUGGAGUUUCGGCGUACCCUCACCCUCAGCUUCUUCUUCAAGUUCUACCUGACAGUGCUUCAGAAACUGGGCAUACAGAACUCGAAAGAUAAGUGUGGCAAGCUGGACCCCACCCAUGCCAGUGCCACCUUACUCUUUCAGAAAGACCCUCCAGCCAACGUCCAGCUCUUCCAAGAGGUGCCCAAGGGUCAGUGCGAGGAGGACAUGGUGGGUCGGCCCCUGCCCCACCUGGCCGCGGCCAUGCAAGCGUCUGGGGAGGCCGUGUACUGUGACGACAUCCCUCGCUACGAGAAUGAGCUGUCCCUCCGGUUGGUCACCAGCACCCGGGCCCAUGCCAAGAUCAAGUCCAUAGAUACUUCAGAAGCUCAGAAGGUGCCAGGGUUUGUCUGCUUUAUCUCUGCUGAUGAUGUUCCCGGGAAUAAUAUAACUGGAAUUGGUAAUGAUGAAAUGGUGUUUGCAAAGGAUAAGGUGACUUGCAUUGGGCACAUCAUUGGUGCUGUGGUCACUGACACCCGAGAACAUGCCCAGAGAGCCGCUCAAGCAGUGAGAAUCACCUAUGAAGAUCUUCCAGCCAUUAUCACAAUAGAGGAUGCUAUAGCAAAAGACUCCUUUUAUGAGCCUGAGCUGAAGAUAGAGAAAGGAAACCUCACGAAGGGGUUUUCGGAAGCAGACAACAUUGUUUCAGGCGAGUUGUACAUUGGUGGCCAAGAGCACUUCUACCUGGAGACUCACUGCACCAUCGCUGUCCCCAAAGGCGAGGCAGGGGAGAUGGAGCUCUUUGUGUCUACACAGAACACUACGAAGACCCAGAGCUUUGUUGCAAACAUGUUGGGGGUUCCGGCAAACCGGAUUUUGGUCCGGGUGAAGAGAAUGGGAGGAGGCUUUGGAGGGAAAGAGACCCGGAGCACUGUGGUAUCCACGGCAGUGGCUCUGGCUGCAUACAAGACGGGCCGCCCAGUGCGCUGCAUGCUGGAUCGUGACGAGGACAUGCUGAUAACUGGUGGCAGACAUCCCUUCUUGGCCAGAUACAAGGUUGGUUUCAUGAAGACUGGGAGGGUUGUGGCUCUGAAGGUGGAGCAUUACAGCAAUGCGGGGAACACCCUGGAUCUCUCCCAGUAUAUAAUGGAACGAGCUCUCUUCCACAUGGACAACAGUUAUAACGUCCCCAACAUCCAGGGCACUGGGCGAAUAUGCAAGACCAACCUGCCCUCCAACACGGCCUUCAGGGGCUUUGGGGGGCCCCAGGCAAUGCUCAUUGCCGAGUAUUGGAUGAGUGAAGUCGCAGUGACCUGUGGGCUGCCGGCAGAGGAGGUGCGAAGGAAAAACAUGUAUAAGGAAGGGGACCUGACCCACUUCAACCAGAAGCUUGAGGGGUUCACCUUGUUCAGGUGCUGGGAUGAAUGCCUAGCAAGCUCUCAGUAUCAUGCCCGGAAGAGGGAGGUUGACAAGUUCAACGAGGAGAAUUGUUGGAAGAAGAGAGGGUUGUCCAUAAUUCCUACCAAGUAUGGAGUAAGCUUCGCUAUUCCUUUUUUAAAUCAGGCAGGAGCCCUGGUUCACGUGUAUACAGAUGGCUCUGUGCUGCUGAUCCAUGGAGGCACUGAGAUGGGCCAAGGUCUUCACACCAAGAUGGUCCAGGUGGCCAGCAGAGCACUGAAAAUCCCCACCUCUAAGAUUUACAUCAGCGAGACAAGCACGAACACCGUGCCUAACACCUCUCCCACAGCUGCCUCCAUCAGCACUGACCUCAACGGACAGGCCGUCUAUGAAGCUUGUCAGACCAUUCUGAAAAGGCUGGAACCCUUCAAGAAAAAGAAUCCCAGUGGCUCCUGGGAAGACUGGGUCACAGCUGCCUACCUGGACGCAGUGAGCUUGUCUGCUACCGGGUUUUAUAAAACACCCAGCCUUGGCUACAGCUUUGAGACGAACUCUGGGAAUCCCUUCCACUACUUCAGCUAUGGGGUGGCUUGCUCUGAAGUGGAAAUCGACUGCUUAACAGGGGAUCAUAAAAACCUCCGCACAGAUAUUGUCAUGGAUGUCGGCUCCAGUCUGAACCCUGCCAUUGAUAUUGGACAGGUAGAAGGGGCGUUUGUCCAGGGCCUUGGCCUGUUCACCCUGGAGGAGCUGCACUACUCCCCGGAGGGGAGCCUGCACACCCGUGGCCCCAGCACCUACAAGAUCCCUGCGUUUGGCAGUAUCCCCAGUGAGUUCAGGGUGUCGCUGCUUCGUGACUGUCCCAACAAGAAGGCCAUCUAUGCGUCCAAGGCUGUCGGAGAACCGCCCCUCUUCCUGGCAGCCUCCAUCUUCUUUGCCAUCAAGGAUGCCAUCCAUGCAGCUCGAGCUGGGAACCCGGAUUGUAAGACGAAGAAGCUUUUCCAGCUAAACAGCCCCGCCACCCCGGAGAAGAUCCGCAACGCCUGCGUGGACCAGUUCACCAGGCUGAUGAGGGUGAUGGGUAACCGUCCAGAAGAGCCUAGUCUUUAUCGUCCAUCACUAGCACCUUGGGGACCCUUCUUUGCGAAAGCCACCGUGUGAGUGCUGUGGAGACGGAGACGAAAAGCGGAGUUAAGGAAUUGAUUAGAUGCACCACGUUCGUUCUGCGAUGACUACAUGCCAUACCGAUGCUGGCACACACGGAUGCCCACAGAGACUUUGUGGUCUUUUAGGAAACCAGCUAAUUGUAUUUUGCGGUAGCUGGUUACAACCUUAGUGUACGUAGCAGCAUGUAGGAGGAAUUCUAUGGUCUUUGGACCAUGGGAAGCGCUUCCAUGAUACUUGUAGUGCACAAUGCCUGGCCACAGAGGACCAUGCAGGGACAGGUUCUUCCCCUGUUGCCUCUGAGUUGUGCUGAAGUGGGCUCUGCCCACACAGGACCCUCCAACUGCCUUUGCAACAGCAGCCUCUGUUGAGUUAGCAGAGCCAGAUUCUUCCUGAUAACCCAAGUUGGAUUUCCUCCUGGGUAUUUGUGGAAGAUUUGUUGGGCCUUUUUGGUUUAGAGGUGAAAUGGGUACUCGUGGACCAAAAGGGUUCCAGGCAUGGGAGGUUGCGGGAGAGUCUUGAAAGCAGGCCAAUCUGCCUUUUCAGGCUCAGCACCAAGGGUGAGGGAGACCGAGGGGUCCCCAGGUAGGCCACUGUCAUCUGCCAAUAGCUUUAGCUGUGGGGUAAGACCAGCAGACCAUGUGUCGAGUUUCCAGGCAGUGAGGAUGCCCACAACUCUGCAGCAACCUUCCCACAGCCCAGAACCUUCUCACCAUGGCCACAUGCUGACAGUUUCCCAAACCCCUUCCCCGGGAGAUGAGGUGCUGCCUGGCUCCCGAUAAGCUUACCCAGGUGGCCAAGUUAGCUCCUUGAAAAGAACUCAUUGAUUUAAUGAAGCCCUCCAGGUCCUCAGACCUAAAGCUCUGUUAUAACACACCAGUGAGUUAAAUCCCUGCAGCAGGUUUGCAUGAGCAACUGAUUCUAUGACCCAAUCAUGAUUUCAGGGACUGUGUGUAGCACAUGUGAAGGGACUACUUCCAUAUUUGGUCAUUCCUGUGGCUUCGGGGCCUACUAGAGUGCCUCCCACAUGGGAAGUGCUUGGCGCAACUAAAGGAAUGACUAGGCAGUUAGGGGGCCCUGCCCUGUGGGCACUCCCAACAGCUGAGACUGCAGAGGGAUGGCUGGCCUUGGAAUGGUGGCCGGCAGUGGUGGGAGGUGGCAUCGGCACCGGAG